CGAAUCCCGAUCCUGCAUGUUUCUGCAAAAUGACUCUAUCCUUUUACCUCCUCCUUCUAGGCUGCUUGCAACUAACCCGCUUGCCUGUGCUGAGCUGUGGGAUUAGAGGCAUGUGCCACUGUGUCUGACUAGAGAGGUCAUUCAUUUAUAUGAACGUAUAUAUGUAUACAUUAAGUAUUACACAUUUUUAUGACAGGGUCUCAGUGUAGCCCUGGCUGGUCAGCUCACACAGGUCUGCGGGCCUGUCUUCCAAACACUGGGAUUAAUGGCAUACACCACCAUGUUUGCUUCCUUCCCAAAUGAGUUGCACUUAUUUAUCUGUGGUGGUGCAUAUGUCAAGGCACACGGCGAGGUCAGAGGGUAACUAGUAAACUAGAGUUGGCUCUCCUUCCACAAUGAAGCCUGAGAUGUCAGGUACUCAGGCUUGGUGGCAGUUGCCUCUACUCACUGAGCCAUCUUGCCAGAUCUCUAAAAAUGUUUUAAGUUAUUUAUUAUUUUAUGUGUACGGGUAUUUUGCCAGCAUGAUUGUUUGUGUACCAUCUCCAUGCUUGGUGCCUGAGGAGGCCAGAAGACGGCAUCCUGAAGAGGAAACGAGCUAAAGAUGGUUGUGAACUGCCCUGUGGGUGCUGGAGAUUGAACCUGUGUUCUCGAAAGAAGCAACAAGAGCACUGGGUGGUGUUGGCAGACACCUUUAAUCCCCUUAUGAUUUUUCUUACAUCCUUAGGUUGACUUCAUUUUCUCUUUCUUCCCUCUCUCCAUUUCCUUCCUUUCUGUCUUUUCUCCUCCCCAUUCUUUCAUUGUGCAAUCCACGCUAGCACUGGACUCGGCAUCCUCCCGCCAAGUAGGGCAUCUUGCUGGCAUCAAUCUCCCCAUCUCUUGUAUUUUAACAACAAUUUCCUCUACUCUGAGGCUCCUAAUAGACCCCUAACUAAGUGUCCUGUCUCCCUGCCCUCAAUAAAGAAAGAUACCAUACUGGUCCUGGGCACAAUGGUCCCUAGCAUAUGGGGUUCAGUCAGUCAAUGGAUUGAACGCUGAGUGAUCCUUCAUAUUUGUCUUUCAGAUCCUGAGGGCCAGUUCUGCUCCCCAGGGUCUCUUUCUGCAGAUGGGUGGAAGCUUCCUCUGGAAACUACGCACUCUGAAUCUCAAAUGGUUCCCCUUCCCAUUUUACUCCCCAACAUCAUCUUGGGCUCAGGCUCCCCCCCCAAAAAAAAAAAAAACAAACAAAACUUUCAGUGAAGGGAGGGACACUCACCUCACCUCAAGGCUUAGCAUGUUGUCUCUCCCAGGAGCCUGCACCCAGUAACCCCUUCCUAGCUUCCUAGCUUUUCACCUGUUUACUUCUCCAACCCAUCUAGCUUUCUGAUUUUACUCCUCCCCUUACAGCAUCAUCACCAACUGGUCUUUUUCAUUAUCUCUAAAGUUUUCUCUUUCUCCUGUCUCUGUCUCCAUCCAUUCCAUCUUCCUGCCUCCUAUUGCUGCCUCCUCAGUCUCCUGGUCCUUUAGUCCUUUUCUGACUCCAGAGGUUUCUUCUCUCUGUCGGUAUCGGGGCACAGGGGGCUGUGUAGGCCCUGCUGUAGCCCAGGGCUGGCAGACGCUUUCUAGUCUGAAACAGCCCUUUCUUUUCUUGGCCCUGGAGUGUCCUCAGUUUUGGGGAAUUGAGGAGGACCUUGCUAGGCAGGGAGAGGUAUGGUGGGAGAUCCUGGGUCUGGGCUGUGGAAUCUGUCUCUGGGAAGUGACCACAUGGACUUUUUGCUCUUGUUCUGUCUCUGAGUGGUUUGACUGAUAUGAAAAUGUGACUUUGUGAGAGAAAAACAGAAUCUGUAGUGGGAUGUGUGAGAAUUGGCUGUGCUGUGCAGUGUGUGUGCCAUGCAGUGUGUGUACUCUGCAGUGUGUACUGUGCAGUGUGCCUGCUGGCCUACAUGGCUCUAAGGCAAGUGCUUCUACACAGGCCCAAGCUGUUUUCUUUUUAAGGUUUGCAAUAGUACAGGAGUGUGAGAAGUUUCAUCCUUUCUUCUCUUUUUCUUUCUUUCUUUCUUUUUUUUUUUUUUAAGACAGGGUCUCACUCACUAUAUAGACCAGACUAGCCUGGAACACACAGAGAUCCACCUGACUCAGACUCCUGAGUGCUGAGAUAAAAGGCUUGUGCCACCACACCCAGUGAAUAGUUAAUGGUUUGAAUGAGGCUCAUAUAUUUGAAUGUUUGGUACCCAGUUGAUCGAACAGUUUGGGAAGGAAUAGGAGGUGUGGUCUUGUUGGAGGAGGUGUGUCACUGGGCCUAGGCUUCAAAGUUUCAAAAGGCCCAGUGUCUUUCUCUGCCUCCUGCUUGUGAAUCAAAUGUAAUGAUUAUGUCUCCCUGCCUGCUGCCAUGCACCCUGCCAUGCUGGUCAAGGACUCACCCUUUGAAACUAUAGGCAAGCCCCAAUUAAAUGCUUUCUUAUGUAAAUUGCCUAUGGUGUCUCUUCAUAGAGGUAGAAUAGUAACUAAGACAAAGAUCUGAAACAGCCUCAGAUAUCUUAGAAACUCCCUGCAGAUACCGAUAAGAGCACCGGGAACUCCCUGCAAAUACUGGUAAGAGCACCUUGCCUGACAAGAAAGCCUACAUAGUAAUGAGAACAUCUGCAGUCAGGAGCCAGGAGAAACCUGACCAGGUCAGCAUAUGAUAAAAACAUCUGCUGGCAUGGCUCAGCCCUGAGACUACAAACACACAGAUAAAAUUUCCAUCUCUUCUCUGCCCUCUGCACCUUGGCACACAGUCUCCACUUCUGCAGUAAAGGACAGCGUGCUUCUGUUGGGGUCUCACUCAGAUUUUGUGGGCUUGCUGCAAACCUCACUGGAGUCAGCAUCUGGGUCGUGAGAGGUGGCCAUGGGGGGUGUCGUGUUGCGCACGCUGCAGCUGCUGCUCCUGCUGGCCGCCUGGCGGGCACGUGGAGGUGCCGCGCGAUGCCGCGUCACGCUGGUACUGUCCCCGCAGAAGGUCCAUGUGCCCCACUCAGCAGAUGGGUGCAAUGAAGCUGUGAUCAACAGCAGAGUGGGAAUCGGCCUGGCUUCCCCAAGGGCUGAAGCACAGAGGAAGGCAGGCGUGGGACACAGCACCUGCAAUCCCCAGUACAGGAGGCAGAGGCUGGAGGGGUUAAUGUCAUUAUGUCUGACUAUGUGUCCCCAGGUCCUACCACUGCCUCUGGUGCCUCUGGCUCCUCUGAGUCUAGUGGGCAGUGCCGGCAACACCAGCAGGAGUCUGGACCAAACUCCAGAGCACCAGAGAGAUCAGAGCUUGAGGCAGCAGGAGCCCCCAUCUCCUCCCCUGCCUACUGGGCACCUUGCUGUUUCCAUCAGACCAGUGGGCCCGUGGAGGGACUGUGCAGAGGCUCACGGGGCAGGUCACAGGCAGAGUGGAGUGUAUGAGCUGCGACUGGGCCGACGUGUGCUAUCAGUGUGGUGUGAACAGCAGCAGGAGGGCGGAGGCUGGACCGUCAUCCAGAGGCGGCAAGAUGGCUCGGUCAAUUUCUUCACCAACUGGCAGCACUACAAGGCAGGCUUUGGGAGGCCAGAUGGGGAAUACUGGCUUGGCUUGGAACCAGUGCAUCAGGUGACCAGCCGUGGGGACCAUGAGCUGCUGAUACUCUUAGAGGACUGGGGUGGCCGUGGGGCACGAGCCCACUAUGACAGCUUCUCUUUGGAACCUGAGAGUGACCACUACCGUCUGCGGCUUGGCCAGUACCAUGGUGAUGCUGGGGAUUCCCUCUCCUGGCACAAUGACAAACCGUUCAGCACUGUGGACAGGGACCGAGACUCCUAUUCUGGUAACUGUGCCCUGUACCAUCGUGGGGGCUGGUGGUACCACGCCUGUGCCCACUCCAACCUCAAUGGUGUGUGGUAUCAUGGAGGUCACUACCGGAGCCGCUACCAGGACGGGGUCUACUGGGCCGAGUUCCGCGGUGGGGCGUACUCUCUCAAGAAGGCUGUUAUGCUGACCCGGCUUGUGCGGUGGUGACUGUCCCAUGAGUACUCCCAAGGGUAUUUCUAUCUCCUUGAGCUGGUAUCUUAUAGCAACACAAUGUGUCCACACAU